GUCCUCAUCCCGGAAGUAGUUGUUGGCCGCUGCAGGGCAACACCCCGGCGUCCCUGGAAGCGGGGACCCGGGGUGGUGCAGGGGAAGCUGCGCGGAACCGGAGGCCAGAGGCCGGAGCCUCCCAGGGCAGGGGGAGCGCCCGGGGCCAGGUCUGGGGGCCCAGAUAAAACAUGGCGGGGCGACCUAUCCGCAUAGGGGACCAGCUGGUACUGGAGGAAGACUAUGAUGAAACCUACAUCCCCAGUGAACAAGAAAUUUUUGAAUUUGCCAGGGAAAUUGGAAUCGAUCCUAACAGUGAACCAGAAUUAAUGUGGCUGGCCCGAGAAGGCAUUGUAGCUCCGCUCCCCAUGGAGUGGAAACCCUGCCAGGACAUUACAGGCGAUAUUUACUAUUUCAAUUUCGCCAAUGGACAGUCCAUGUGGGAUCACCCAUGUGACGAGCAUUAUCGGAACCUGGUGAUCCAGGAACGGGGAAAGCUGUCAACUCCUGGCGCCAUCAAAAAGAAAGAUAAGAAAAAGAAGAAGGACAAGAAAGACAAGAAGGAAAAGGAGCUUCCCAAAACUCCCACGGAAAUACAGCCAGAGCAGGGGAUCCUACCUUCUUCCUCCUUCUACUGUGGCCCAUCCCCUCUCCCAGCAUCUGGGCUCACUGCCUUGGACCUAGAACAGGAGAUGCAAAUGAAAAGUGAGGGCUCCUUUAGGAAAGGGAAGGGCAUGUGCAUGCUGGGUGACAACCCCUGGCCUCUUGUGGGUGCUUUGCCAUGCAAGCUGCAGCCACUGUCUAAAGGUCAAGUUCCCCGAACCCAUCAGAUCUUUGGUGAUGUGGAGAAAAUCUUAGGCAGAACCCCAGCCCCAGGCAAGGCAGAACUAGGUGACCAGUCAGGUCCUGAGAAGCCCCAGAAGCUGACAAAGAAGUUUUACCUGGGCUUUUCUGACCCUGAAGUAGAAGAGCUAGAAAUGAUGGCCAAGCAGCUGAAAUCUGGUCCUCAAGGCCCUGAAAGCAUCAGACCUUUCCCAGAUGGCCCAGAGGUAUUAGACAGGAGUCAAUCCUCCACCAACUCAAAGCUCUCUGAAGCCAUCAAGAACUCCCAGGCAAAAGGGGAGCAGAUCUGCUAUAACCUGUCCAAACUGAGCCUAACAGGCCCUAGUGGGGAUAAAAGCAGGAACCUGGCUCCCGCAGCAGGCCCAGGAGAUGCAGCCUCCCUGUCUGCCUACACCUCUGAGCACCUGCUGUCAAGCAGGAAGGGCAAGUUGCUUUUGAUAGAUAAUAAUCCAGCUGAAGAGCUAAACCAGCAGGAGGACCUUGAGGAAGAUGGACUCUUAGGUAAAGGCAGGAGGAAAAGAGAACCCCCUAAACUGUGGAUGGGACAGGCCUCUGGGCUCCUCAGCAAGAGCGGCCAGGAGAGUGGCAAGGAGUCUGAGCUUAGUGACUCUGAGGAACAGGCAGUGUCGGCUCAGGAUAGACUGCAAGAGCCCCUUCUUGCUCCACCACUGAGUGCAGACAUAGCAUUACCCCUCGCACAGAAGGCAGCUCCGGGUGGCCUGUCAGAGAAUAUCCACGAAAGUUUGCCUCUUAGCAGUGAGGUCAGGGAGCUCUCCCAGCCUCUGGGUCUCCUGGAGGAAGACAAGCAGCUCAGUGUUUCCGAACCUGACCUGGAGAGCAGUAGCACCAGUGACAGUCUGGCCUCUCACCUGGGCUCCCAGGUCUUGGCGGAGGUUGACAACUUCUCCUGGGACUUGCACAGCUCCCGGGAGUCAGAUCUGGUGGUGAGCCAGUUAGGUGCUGGCCUACAGGCCCAACACGCCCACUCUUUUCUGGAGUCCCAGUUGGUCCAUACUCAGAGCUCAGCAGAUGAGCGAUCAGAAAGUGAAGGCUACUCUGAGGACCAGAGGUUCUAUCAGCACAUACUGCAGAUGGUCAAGAUCUCUAGACGGCUAGAAGGUCCUCUGCUGGCCGAGGGCAUGCAGGAGAUGCCGUGCAAAGACAUCGCUAGCAUGGUCUGCCGGAUGGCGGCUUGGUCCCCCAGGUCUCCUGGGUCUCCCACGUCCCCCGGCUCACCCAGUGAGGCUGAACAAGAGGAAACUAAAGCCACUGAGGGAGAGUCAGGGCCCAUGGCUUGGGCACCAGGACUCCUUCAGGACCCAGAGGCAAUAGGCAGUGUCCCUGAAGGGCUUGGGGCCACUCAGCAGGCCCUGCUGCAGCCAGCAAGCAAGCCCCAAAGGCAGGAGGAAGCUGAGUUGAAUUCCAGCAGAGGCCCGGCUACAGAGUCAGGGACAAGGCAGCUUCUCAAUCAGGCCCUGGGUUCUUCCUUAGCCCCAGUUCAUGUACCCAUGGGAGGCCUUGGUCCCUUACGCAGUCUCAUGGAUACCUCAACCACAACCUUUCAUUCAUCCCUGAAUAUGAACCUGGGAAGCUCAGUGGAAUCUUCUCAACCUUUGGAAACUCCUCUGCUUCCACAAGGUUCCAAGCCUUCUGCCCUCACCAAGAAUCUCCUUGGCUCUAUCCAUGAGGAAAAGAGUCCUGUCAGCCUGUUGGCUCUUGGGGAAGAGACCAACGAAGAAGAGAGUGAUAAUCAGAGCCUCCGGAGUACAGCUGGACUCCUGAAGAACCUACAUCUAGACAUUGAGGUCCUUGGGGGCAGUUUUGAUUAUGAGGAGUCUCCAAGAAGCCAACCAGAGGAUAAGAAGGAAACAUCUCUGGGUUCAGAUAUCCCCUACCCCCGGACUUCCGACAAACUUUUCAGCCGAGACAUAGAAAGCAGUCUGGGCAGUGCAGAUGGCGAAGGCCGACGAGGGAAGCUGGCAAGUGCUUGGCUCCCAGACAAGGAAGACAGUGAGAAGGGUGACCCUGGAGCCUCCCGGCCACAAAUGACUCGAAUGGUAGAAUCAGGGACUGGUGAUAAUACUGGAACAGUCAAGAAGCAGUCUUUAGAAGACCCAGAGGUAGUUGGAGAGGUGGGCUCUGAGAAGAAAGAGGCAGUGGAUGAACUAGAGAAGGAAUUGACAGAGCCGAAAACAGAAAGCAGAUUGGAUGUUAAUGAAGAAUCAGAGAUCAGUGAUCAUGUGAAAGAGUUGGAGUUCUCUGACCAUUCUGAUCCCAAGUCAUUUCUUGGAUUGGACUUUGGUUUUCGAAGUCGGAUCUCUGAACAACUGCUGGAUAUAGAUGGAUUGUCCCCAGCCUGGGAGACCAAGGACUCAGGAGACGAAGAAAAAGACCAAAGUCAGUCCAACCUGGAAGAACCAGAGAGUGAACAAUCCAAUGAUGAAGAAAGAAUACUGGGUACAGACCCACCUGCCAGUAUCUCCAGUCAUUAUUCACUUGAAGAGGAGAAAAUCCAGAGCCUUUUUCAGGACCACGAGGUAGCAGAAGAGCAGUGUUCCCUGGAGGGGGAGCUGAGGGAGACAGUGGAGCCUGAGCCCAAUAUGACAGCCAGCCCAGCUUCAGAGGCCUCCUCCCCAAAGAGAAGUGGAUGUGUCAUCAGCCUUCCUCAUGACCAUAAGAUGGAAGAAGAGCUGCACCCCAUAAAGGAAAUUCACGAGCAGAAAAAAGUGGAAGGACUUGAGGAUAAGAUGGCCAGCCCAACCUUGCCAGUUUCCCGAGAAGAAGUUGUCCCAGAGGCCUUAACCUCUCAGAAGCAGCCCUUAGAAGAUUCCUUAAAGGUCAUAGAAGAGAAGACAGUCCAGGAUCUGGAGCAGGAGCGGGCAAGAUUGUUAGAGGACCGAAGACAGAAGAUGGAGCGGUUGCAGAAGGAACUGUGUCAAGAGGAAGAAGAGGAGAUGCUGAAACUUGAGCAGCAGAAAGACAAGUCCCUCAGGUUUCUGAGAGAGCAGCUCAAAAAAACAGCUGAGGAAGAAGAGGCUCGAGUAAGGGAAGAAGAGAGUCAGAAAAUUUCUCAUCUUCAAGCUCAGAUCCUAGCCAGUACAGAAGCACAGGAGAAUCAAAUUAGGACAGAGCAUGAAGCUUCACUGAAGAAAAUAAGAGAAGACUUGGAGUCACUGCAGCAGAUGGAGUGGUCUAGCCUGGAUCAGAAAAAGAAGCAGGUGUUAGAGAGGCUUAAAGAGGAAAUGGAGGAUAAUGAAAAGAGAGAGAGGGUCCUCCUGAAAGAGGAGAAUGAAAAGGCCAUGAGUCAGCUGAAGGAGAGACUGGAAGAUGAAAGGAAGGAGGCCAUGGCAGCGCUGGAAAAAGAGCAUGCAGCUAACCUGCAAAAGUUUCGUGCCUCAGCUGAGGAGAAACACCGUGAGGUCAUUGCUGGUCUGAAAAAGCAGAUAGAGGAGGCCCAUCGGAGGGAGGCGGCCCAGCUGCAGGAAGAGCUGAGUCAGGCAGAGCAGAGAGUCCAGCAGAAAGCUUAUCGAGUGACGGAGUUCGAAAGAGAGCUCAGCGACCUGCUGAGGGAGAAGAGGGAGGACGUGGAGAAGGACCACGAGCGGAGGAUGGACAGAAUGAAGGACGAGCACCAACAAGUGCUGGCAGAGACCAGGGCGCAUUAUGAUGAAGAGGAAAGGAAGCAGCGAACAGAUCUCCGGACAAACUUGACAAGUGAGAUGGAGCGUCUGAGGCGAUCCCACGACCGGGAGCUGGAAGCCAUGCGGCAGGAGCUGGAAAGGAAGCUCAAUGAACUCCAGCUCCGACACCGAGAGCGGGAAAGGAAGCUCCAAGAUUUAGAAGCAGAGCUUGAAAGCAGAACUAAAGACGUUAAGGCCAGAUUGAUCCAACUGGAUAUCCAAGAGGACAACGUCAGAAAGAAGAAGCAGCAGCUUCUAGAUGUAGAAAAACAGAUUUCCCUGGAGAGAGAGGAAGCCACAUCUACCCACCAGCACCUAGAGGAAGCGAGGAAGGAACAAGCCCACUUGGUGGAGUCCACUCAGCAGCUGCGCCGAGCCCUGGAGGAGCUGAGGUCUCGGAAGACUGAGCUGGAGUCCCAGGUGGAGGUCCUUCAGAACCGGAGUCAGAGGCUGCAGAGACGGAUCAGUGACCUGGAGGCCGAGGCCCAGAGGAAGAAGGAUGCUCUGAAUGAGCUGACCAUCGAAGAGACCGCUGCUGCCUCCCCUCAUCGUGAAGGGGAGCUCCACCUGGAAGACCUGAGGAAGUCCCUUGGGAAGACGCCUGAGAAGGAACCACUUACCACCGUCUCCCCAAACAAUGAGGAAAGCCCUCCCCAGUUGGAUGACAUUCACCAUUACCUCUCCUCGGAGGGCGUGUCCAUUCGCAGUGCCAAGGAGUUCCUGGUCCAGCAGACACGCUCUAUAAGGAAGCGCCAGACGGCUCUCAAAGCCGUGCAGCUUCAGUGGCGCCAUGAUGUGGCUUCUGCCCAGGUGACGGCUGAAGACUUGCCCAAUUCCCAUAACCUGGAGGAUGUGCGGAAGAACAUUGAGGAGGAGACAAAGAACCUGGAUGAGAUGAAAUCAGCCAUGCGCAGGGGCCAAGUUCUGCUGAAGAAAAAAGAGGAGAAGCUGAGUCAGCUGGAGAAUUCCCUUUGGGAAGAGCUCUCAGAUGAGGACACAAUGAAAGGAAUUUCCUGUAAGAAGGUGGUAGCGUUUGAACUUAGUGAUUUUGAAGACAUCGGCAGUACAAGCUCUGAGUCUUCCUCUCUGCCCCAGGGGGAUCCAGUGUCAAACAUUCCUUUCCCCCAGCUCAACAAGAUCCGAUACUUGAGCAACUCUUUACAGAGAAUCACCAAUGAGCUCAAUGGGGUACUGAGUGUCUUGGGCACCCUCAGUGUUCAGCCAUCCCCUGUCUUAACUUCAACCCAAGUCCAGAUGCCUCCCCUGCCCUCCAAGACCACCGCCGUCUCCACUAACCCUUCUGUGACCAGAGUGUUAGCCCCCACCCCUGUGGCUCCCUCCACUGCUAUCCCUCUCCCCAAUCGAUGGGCUUGGAGCCCGGGAGUGAACCCUGGGCUCUCCUCUUCAGUUGCUCAGUCAAUGGACAACUUUCUGGUGGAGAAAUGGCACAAAUAUUUUCCAGCUGGAGUCCCAUUACUUAGUGGCAGCCCAAUUCCUCUGGACAACAGGUUGGGCUAUGUAUCUGCCAGUGAGCAGCUCCGCCAGCUGCACCGCUCGCACUCCCAGCUCUCUCAGAGCGGAGGCGCCAACUUUCAAGGCAUGAUUGAGUCCAACAGGAAGUGGCUGGAGCACAUGAAGAAGGACCCCAAGGUAUCCUUCUUCUCCAAUACGCCCAAGCCCUCUUCUGCCACAGGCCUGAUGCAGCUGGGACUGGAUGAAAACCACAAGCUGAAGGUGUACCACUAUUAAGGCCCCGGUCGGUGGGGCUCAGGGCUCUGCAGGCCCCCCUUCUCUUAGACCAAGUGCCUAAGGAGCUUCCUGCACCUUAUUGACCCUGAUCCAUCAUUCCUCUGCUCUACAAACCCAACCCUCUCAGGACUUUGGGGGAGGGCAUAGAGCGAUGAUGGGGUAGAGGGCAGUGGGAGGACUGUAGCAAGCCCCACCCUCUGAGAACUCCACAGUGUGUCCCAAACGGAAAAGUGUCCAUGACCCGCUGGGGUCUACAUUAUCAUGCCGGUACGGAGGAGAUACAGCCUCAACAGAAGGAGGGAUGGGGUGGAGCAGGACACUUUCAUGGGGACCUAAUGUCAGAAAGCCAUGGGAACACUCUUCAGGGAGUGGUCUUAGUCCUUCCAGGGGACCUGAUUUUCUCCCUUGGGACUCUAGGGCAUUUGGAAAAGUCCAGAGUAGACGUUUUUGUAACUCUUGAUGUGUCCCUGGGCAGAUCAGGGUGUGGAUUCAUGCUCUCUCCAAAGCACGUUCACCUUGGGACAUGGUGCUUCUUGGGGACUGGCUCCCUUCUGAAUCUGUCUCUUUUGAGCUAAUACCUCAGCAGCAGGGCUCCAGGCCCUGUUUUUUUUUUUUUUUUUAAUGAUUCCUUUUUUGCACAAUAACUCGAAUUGUCUCAGGUUUGUGGUCAGCUUUACAGAGCCUCUCCUUGAGGGUGAUUGAUGUGGGGUCCCUGAGAAAUGAGGCAAGUGAGUCUUUCCUCUGCCUUUGCUGAGCUUGCCCCAUGAGGGAAUCCCUGUCCGCCUCUGUCCCUGGGUUCCCAAGAGCAAAGCCCUGUCCAUGGGCUUGGGCAAAGGCUUGGGGAUCAGGCUCCGUGGGAGGAGGAAGCCGGGGCGGACUUCUCUCGAACCCCAUUCCUUGACCCCCAGAUAGAGAGAAAGCCAUUAAAAAGGGGCCGGGUGUGUCCUUGGCCUCCUCCCAAUCAUCUCUUCUGUUUCUCAGGUCACCUUGAGUUUUGUAGCCCUUGCUUUCCUCCUACCUUUUCUCAUCGGGCUCUUUGGAUAAAUGUAUUUGCAUUUCAGCCAACACUCUUUUUUUCCUCUUCCUGCCACUGCUUCCUUCCCCUGCCCUCCCCUCUAAGCUUUCCAGUUUUGCUGUAGAUAAUGAGGUAUCUGGCACCAGUCAGAAGUCUCUGCACAAGGGGGCUGGAGAGGAGGGUUAUCAGAGGGGGGGCUCCCGGCAGCUCUCCUUCAGUCAGCCCCCGGACAGAUGCGUUCCUGGGCAGGGUUUGGCGGGGACUCCUGCGAGCCCGUCUCGCCGUUUUGAAGAAGUCGACAUUUUUCUGUCUCCAAGGCUGUGGAGUUGUGCUUGGCCCUCCUCGGCAUGGAAACCAGCCUCUCAUUGUCUUCCUCGAGGAGGAGAAUCCUGGGGACCAGAUUACUUUUUGCUGCCCCCCCAGGUGCUACACUGAGGCGUGAGCCCCUCCUCCCUGAGGAGUCCCUUUGGUUACUUGACUGAUGCUGUGUGGUUUAGGAAUGGCUCUUGUGUGCUUAACAACGGUGUGACAAUCAAUCCAGCUUGUCUUGCCCCAUGUUUUCUAUAUCAAUUAAACCUCCAUGGGUCAUUUUUCUAUAA